CUCUUUUUAUAUCUCUCUCUCUGUGCUAGGGUUUCAUAUUCGCUCUUCAAUUCUAGGUUUUUUAGAUUCAAACUCUCUCUCUCUCUCUCAAAAUUGGUUUCAAUUCUUUGCUUCAGUGAUUUUCUAGGGUUUCGAUUCUUUGUUCAAUUUUUCUCAAUUCGUUGAGUUUUAUUCGAGCUAAAUUAAAAUUAGGGUUCUUUUUUUUUUUUUUUAAGUUUUUGUUCAAUUUUUCAAUUUUCCCAAUCUUUUUUGUGUGAAAGUUUGAGUCUUUUUGCUGGUGAAACAAUGCCUCCACGGACUGUGAAGAGGGGUGCGGGAUCGGCGGGGCCGAAGAGGACGACGAGGGGCACAAGAGGAGCCCAGAAGGCUCAGGAUCCGCCACCGGAAGAGGUGGCUGUUGUUGUUGCGGCGGCGGCGGCAGUUAUCGAGGCGGAAGAGGCUGUGAAGGUUGAGGAGGAGGUUCCGGCUCCGGUGGUUGAGGAGGAAGUUAAGGUCGAGGAGAAGCCUGUUGUGGUGGUGGAGCCUGAACCUGAGGCGAAACCUGUUUCUAAUGGAUCGGGUCCUGUGAAAAAAGAAGAUGAGGUGAGGGAAUCUGUAGACGAAUAUGAAAAAGAUGAACGGUUAGAACUAGAUGAUAAUGACCCUGAAUAUGAACCUGAAGAAGAUGGUGGGGUUGACUAUGAUGAGAAGGAAACAGAGCAAGAGGAUGAGAAGGAGGUGGUAGAGGAAGGAGAGGAAGAAGCUGAGGAAAAUGUUGGUGAAGAAGAAGAGGGUGAUAUGGUUGAGGAGGAAAUGGAAGAUGUUCAUGAAGAACUUGAGGGUGAAGAGGAUGAUGAGCGUGCUGGCGUUGAGCAGGAUCAUGCAGAUCUGGUUGAUGCGGAGGAAGAGGAGCACAAUGAAGUUGUGAAAGAGAGGCGCAAGCGUAAGGAGUUCGAAGUUUUUGUUGGUGGUUUGGACAAGGAUGCAUCCGAGGAUGAUCUUAGGAAAGUUUUCGGCACAGUUGGUGAGGUUACUGAAGUUAGACUGAUGAUGAAUCCUCAGACUAAGAAGAACAAGGGCUUUGCAUUCUUGCGUUAUGCAUCUGUGGAACAAGCAAAACGGGCUGUUGUUGAGCUCAAACACCCAGUGAUUAAUGGGAAACAAUGUGGUGUUACUCCAAGUCAAGACAGCGACACCCUUUUUCUGGGUAACAUAUGCAAGACCUGGACAAAGGAAGCCUUAAAAGAGAAGUUGAAACAUUAUUCAGUGGAGAAUGUUGAGGAUUUGACAUUGGUAGAAGAUAGUAACAAUGAGGGAAUGAAUCGGGGUUUCGCUUUUUUGGAAUUUUCAUCUCGCUCAGAAGCCAUGGAUGCCUUUAAGCGUCUACAGAAGAGAGAUGUUGUGUUUGGAGUUGAUAGGCCUGCAAAAGUAUCUUUUGCAGAUUCCUUCAUUGACCCUGGUGAUGAAAUUAUGGCACAGGUUAAAACUGUAUUUGUGGAUGGUCUGCCUGCUUCAUGGGAUGAGGACCGUGUCCGAGUGCUUCUUAAGAAAUAUGGGGAGGUUGAAAAGAUUGAGCUUGCCCGGAAUAUGCCUUCUGCCAAGAGAAGAGAUUUUGGUUUUGUUACAUUUGACACUCAUGAUGCUGCAGUGACAUGUGCGAAAAGCAUUAACAAUGCUGAAUUGGGUGAAGGAGACAACAAGGCCAAAGUAAGGGCCAGAUUGUCAAGACCACUUCAGAGAGGUAAAGGAAAACAUGUUAGUCGUGGAGAUUUCCGAUCUGGGCGUGGGUCUGGACGAAUUGUCAGGAGUUCAUGGGGUCGUCCAGCGCCACGUAGUCUCCCUAUUCGUGGAGGAAGAGGAAUUGGAACUCGCAUCCCACCAGUCAGUAUGAAGAGACCUGGUGGAUUGAGAGAUAGAAGGCCUGUUGUGUCCAUGCCAACAAGAGGCAGGCCCUUGCCUCCUCCAGCUAGGUCCUAUGAGAGGAGAGCACCUGUUCCUUCAUACCCGAAGAGUAGCUUGAAAAGGGAUUAUGGUCGGCGUGAUGACCUUCCUCCUCCAAGGAGUAGAGCUCCCGCAGAUUAUGGCCCUAGGGCUGUCCCUGAGAGACGGCAAUCAUACAGAGAUGACUACUCUUCCCGUGGUCCUGGUUACUCUGAUCUUCCUAGGAGUACAUCUCGUCCAGCAGCAAGAAGAGCUUAUGUGGAUGAUGGCUAUGGCCAAAGGUUUGAAAGACCUCCCCCUCCUCCUCCAACUUAUCGUGAAGGACGCCCUCGUGAUUAUGACUCCAUUUCUGGGUCAAAACGUCCAUAUGCUGCACUGGAUGAUGUUCCCCCGCGUUAUGCUGAUUCGGGAGUCCGCCAAUCUAGGGCUCGUUUAGACUAUGAAUAUGGUGGUAGUGCUUCUCAAUAUGGGGAUGCUUAUGGUGACAGAGUUGGGAGAUCUAAUCUAGGAUAUAGCAGUGGCAGAAGUUCCAUCUCCAGUCAGGAUUCACAUGGAAUUUAUAGCAGUCGUCAAGGCAUGAGUUACGGAGGAGGUUCUUUCAGUGGUAGUGAUGUUGGCGGAAUGUACUCAUCAAGCUAUGGUGGUGAUUACAUGUCCCGUGGAAGUGAUGUUGGCGGUAGCUCUUACUCAUCAAUGUAUUCUGGUCGUGGCAUGGGUGGCAGCAGUUACAUGGGAUCUGGUGGCUCUGGAUCAUAUUACUGAUUCUCGUCACAAGUGAAUUUGUCUAUGGAACAGAUCUGACAUGACAAAGAUGCUGCAGUAGGAUGUGAACUAAAUGAAGCUUAGGCAUUAUGUGCCUACUGUCGAGUGAAUGUUGCUAAGCCUAAUAGCCCUCCAUAUGUUGUGGGAAUUUUUACGGAACAAAGGGGCUGUUGGUUAAAGCCAUCUUAGAAAUCGACCAAUGUGUAGUUUUUCAGUUGGAUUUAAUACUGUAAGGAAAACUAAGUUUUUCAGAAGUUGAAUACAAGAAGUUCUUAGCAUGUGAUGUGUAUUACAUAUUUUAUUUUCUAUAUAAGACUCCACUUGAUGGACA